GUGGCCACAGUGCCAGGUGCGUUGCAGGAUGGUGGACAGUGUGUACCGAACUCGCUCCCUGGGGGUGGCGGCAGAAGGGCUCCCGGACCAGUACGCAGAUGGAGAGGCGGCACGCGUGUGGCAGCUCUACAUCGGAGACACCCGCAGCCGCACGGCCGAGUACAAGGCCUGGCUGCUAGGGCUGCUGCGCCAGCACGGCUGCCAGCGGGUGCUCGACGUGGCCUGCGGCACUGGGGUGGACUCCAUCAUGCUGGUGGAAGAGGGCUUCAGCGUGACAAGCGUGGAUGCCAGUGACAAGAUGCUGAAAUAUGCACUUAAAGAGCGCUGGAACCGGCGGCAUGAGCCCGCCUUCGACAAGUGGGUCAUUGAGGAAGCCAACUGGAUGACUCUGGACAAAGAUGUGCCUCAACCUCCAGAGGGUGGCUUUGAUGCUGUCAUCUGCCUUGGAAACAGCUUUGCCCACUUGCCAGACUGCAAAGGGGACCAGAGUGAGCACCAGCUGGCACUGAAGAACAUUGCGAACAUGGUGCGGUCAGGGGGCUUGCUGGUCAUCGAUCACCGUAACUACGACCACAUCCUCAGCACAGGCUGUGCUCCCCCAGGAAAGAACAUCUACUAUAAGAGUGACUUGACCAAGGACAUUACGACAUCAGUGCUGACAGUGAACAACAAAGCCCACAUGGUAACCCUGGACUACACGGUGCAGGUGCCGGGGGCUGGCAAGGACGGCUCUCCUGGUUUGAGUAAGUUCCGGCUCUCCUACUACCCUCACUGUCUGUCGUCCUUCACGGAGUUGCUCCGAGCAGCCUUUGGGGGCAAGUGCCAGCACACCAUCCUGGGUGACUUCAAGCCUUACAAGCCAGGCCAGACCUACAUUCCCUGCUAUUUCAUCCACGUGCUCAAGAAGACAGGCUGAGUGUGGCCUCCAUUCCCACAACCGUCUGCCCAGGCGCUUCCGGGCUCUGUCUGGGGAGCCCCACACUAGCAGCACCAUGUGCAAAUUCUGGGGUGGGGGGAGGGGCCCAUUGCAACUGGGGUGCAGGAAUGUGGGUUUAAGCUAAUGGAAGGAUGACAAUAUAGUCGCUGUCUUUUUCA